AUGCUACAAUGCACUAUGCGGACAAUCAAUACUUUUCCUGAUAAUUUUUAUGCUCAAGCAAGAAAAGGAAGUCAUCGACAAGAUGAUCCUCCAUCAAAGAACGCAACAAAUCCUACCAAACUAAAAUAUUAG